AUGGCAGGAAAACGACGAAAACGUUUGAUAACACCACCAGGAAGGCACAGACAUGAGGCCUACAACGGAAACGAUUAUGAUGUGAAAUGCGUUGUACUGGCUCACGAAACAGAAAUGUCGGCAAGGAAGUUGGAGGCGGUUUGGAUUCUUAAAAGAAGCCCUUCAAUGAAUAAUAGGAAUAUCAAAUCAUCUGUGUCGUCGCUGGUGAUCUACACGCAGCAAUACUCAUUCGCUGGUACACUGAGUGACAAGUGCGUGCAAUCAGCUGCGCCACAUCCGGUGGAGCAACACCUCUUCGAUUCCCACAGCUGGGAACCGAGGCUACUGCGUCUCGAGAGAGUUGACGACCUCAGCUUCGAAUACCGUGUGAUCCACGCACUUCUUUUUGCGAAGGUUAAACUUCAGGACACAAAACACAUGACAGUCGGAAGGAAUCAGCUCGGAGGAAUAGACGAGAAAGUAAUGUUCUUCGCGUUCUAUGUUGGAAAUGAUGUUGUGUCCACAUUUCAACAGAAACUUGCUGUGAACUCGACCAGCUGUUCUUUGACCAUGAACAUCGACAACACGCGAAGCUCCAUCAGUUCAAUGCAGCAAAUAAACCAAGAAUACAGCUUCAUUCUUUUCACGGAUGUUUCUCGAACAUUAGGUCCAUUCAAAUCGCUCGACGCUAUCUCGAAAUUGGACUCAAUCAGAUCGAAUUCUAGUAUCACUGGAAUGAGCCAAACCUCGGUGAUGAAAGAGUAUAUCAAGCAGUCCACUGGAAACAAUAUGGAUCAGCUCGUGUUUUACAUACCCUGCAGCUAUGUUUACAGAGGUGACUCCGACCAAGCAAAUUUCGUUCAACUAAUGAAGGAUGCGGGCACCAGCGACAGAACACUUAUUGUUUCACUUACAAACAAUGCUACAGAUGUUGGCAAAUGGUAUGAACAGGGAGAUCAGAACGUCAUUGGAAUAGACACACCAAACGCUGUGAAUAAAACUGUGGCAUUUGAGAAAAACGCAGCGGGAGAUGAGCACAAGCACAGAGACCCGAGAAAUUUCUUUGUACGAACCAAGUUUUCCCACGAUGCACAUUCUCUCACCGUUGUCAGUGGAUCUCCCAGCGAAGCCGUUGAGUCCAAAUCUACCAUUAUGACAAACGUACAAUUAUUGGCUAUUAUAAUGCAAUACUGUAGCACGACAGUGCAAUACGCGGGUCAAACAGAGAGCAUCCAGUCACUUCUUCCACUGCACAGCCUACAACCACAGGCGCUUCUACGUCAAGUGGAACUUCUGCAUCGAGAACAGCAACCUCAGUCACUUCCUUCACUGCACAGCCUACAACCACAGGCGCUUCUACGUCAAGUGGAACUUCUGCAUCGAGAACAGCAACCUCAGUCACUUCCUCCACUGCACAGCCUACAAGCACAGGCGCUUCUACGUCAAGUGGAAUUGCUUCGGCAUCAGCAACAGCAACCUCAGUCACUUCCUCCACUGCACAGCCUACAAGCACAGGCGCUUCUACGUCAAGUGGAACUUCUUGGAACAGCAACCUCAGUCACUUCCUCCACUGCACAGCCUACAAGCACAGGCCUUCUACGUCAAGUGGAACUUCUACAUUUUUAG